CGCCGUCGUUUGUAUGUUUAAAAUGAGCACCAAUUUCCUAACUUUUUCUUGCCUGGCAUGUGCUGCCACUCUGUGGGAAUACAUGUAAUUUUUUUCUUGCGUCUCUCUCUUUCGGUUUUCGUUGUAUAGUUUUUUUUUCUCCGGCGUGUCUGCUACCGCUCGCUCAUCGGCGUCCUCGCGGGCGCACGGCGGUUAGUUUUGGUUUCGUUCUGCACGCGGGUUCGGUUUCCUUCGCUCGCAAAACUAAUGGCUAUCUUGUUCUUAUCACUCAAAGGGUGACUGCCUGUUACUUGCUCGUUUGUUGCUCACAGGGGUCCGCAUACGAAGGAUGCCGCCGUGCAUGCGUUUCCUUUUUUGGAGACUCCGAAAACUAAGUGCCUGUGGUUGACGAUAAGAUUGAAGGAUGAGCGGAAGUUUGUCAUGACGUUUCACUUUUUUGACGAGCGCAUAACCGCCCAUUUUUCUUGAGCUUGCUCACCUCACAGUUCGAUUACGCUAUGGACAUGCGCACUGGCUGCUCUGCAGCAAGUGAGUCGAGCGAUGAUUCUUCCGAUGAGGACUACUGCCCAAGUACCGGGCCGGAGUCACAUUCAUUGGACCUGAGCCCGUCAGAUGAGGAGUUACUCACCAGUUCAGACUCAGAAUCUGACGAAGAAGCAACAUCGCAAAAGCGUUCGCGGCAUGACGACGAUGACUGGGUCAAAGGUAACUUUUCUCCCUCCUUGUUUGCAUUUGACGCCACACAUUCUGGACAAGUGUCCAGCUCUAUGCUACCCCCAGACGCAAAAGAAGUCGACUACUUCAAGAUUUUCUUUUACGAAGGUGUGGUUUUGCAGAUCGUAACCGAAACAAACAAGUACGCAAAACAGAAGGCUGACGAGCGUAGUCUGCCCCGAAAGUCGCGACUCAUGGAGUGGCAGGAGACCGACGUCUCAGAACUUUACUGCUUUCUAGCGGUUGUGCUGUUGAUGGGCCUGGUGAGGAAAAAUACUGUCAGGGAAUACUGGUCUAAAGAUACGAUGUUGGAAACUCCGUUUUUCCGGUCAGUCUUUUCCGCCAACCGAUUUUGCCUAUUGACGCGAGUGCUGCAUUUCAGUUCAAUCAAAGAUAAAGAAGACCGCCUAAGAGCAAUCAGACCAGUGAUGGAAGCAAUACAAGAAAGAUUUGCCGCACUUUUUGUUCCUUUUCAAGACUUGUGCAUUGACGAGUCUCUGAUGCCUUGGAAAGGACACCUUGCUUUUCGGCAGUAUAUUCCUUCUAAGAGGCAUCGGUUUGGUGUAAAGCUGUUUGUGCUUUGUGAUGUCAACACAGGCUACAUCUUGCGGUUUAUCGUGUACACAGGAGCUACUACAGCUGUGACCAUAUUGAAAGAGCUGGGAUUCACAGGGUCUGUUGUGGUGGAGCUGCUUGGAGACUUUCUCGGGAGGAGACAUUCCCUGUUCAUUGAUAAUUGGUAUACCAGCCCAGCCCUGUUCAAGUUUCUCCACAGCAGGCAGACGAGUGCUUGUGGCACGGUGCGAGCAAGUAGGAGGGGGCUUCCAAAGUUUGCAAAGAAGCUUCAGCAAGGACAAAUUGAUAGCUUUCACACGAACACCAUGCUGGCCCUGAAGUGGCAUGAUAGAAGAGAUGUGCACAUGCUGUCAACAAUGCAUGGAGCGGAGAUUGCUGAAACGGAGAAGCUGGACUGGAGGACAGGUGAAAGGAAGAAGAAGCCGAAAUGCGUUUUAGAAUACAACAAAAAAAUGGGACUGGUAGACAAAGUUGACAUGCAGCUGAGCUUUUCCGAAAGUAUUAGAAAGACAAUGAAGUGGAAUAAGAAAUACUUAUUUCGCUUUCUAGACAUGUUGCUGCUCAACGCGUUCAUUCUCUUUCGUGAGAACACCGAGUCGACAACAAAAUAUGCAGAGUUCAAACGGCUAAUAGUGAGCCAACUCAUUGAAGAACAUCACACUGAGAAAAGCAAACGGGGAAGGCCAACUGGAGAAAAUCCUCUGAGGUUGACAGCGCGACACUUUAUUCAGAAGUUGCCUCCCACAGCUGCUCAGGGAAGCAGUAACCAGAGGAGCUGCCACGUCUGCGCCAACACCACUCGGCAGCAAACACGUCGCAAGGACACAAGGUAUAUGUGCGCUGAGUACAACAAAUCGCUCUGUGUGGAGCCAUGCUUCAAACACUACCACACGCUGAAGAAAUAUUAGUCCAAGAGGAACAUUUGAGACUUGCGAAAAAUUUUCGUGUGCGCAUUCUUCUUGUGUAUUUUUCUCAUGUGGACAUUGUUUUUCAUGAAUAAACAGUACAUAUAUGCCAACGCAAAACAUUUCUUUUUCACUUUA